AUGGAACCAGAAUCGACUGACAACAGUAUCUAUGUCGUUAAUGGCAUGCAUCCUUGCUAUGAAUCACAUAAUACAUCUUACAUAUUUGCAAGCAACCCUUCAAUAAUAUGUCUAUUGUUAUAUAUUUUCCUUGGGUCGUUGUCUGUUGUGACAAUAUGUGGAAACCUUCUUGUAAUAAUCUCUGUCAUUUACUUCAAACAGCUCCACAUCCCUACUAACUACCUCAUCCUCUCUCUGGCUGUGGCUGACCUGCUUGUUGGUCUUUUAGUCUUUCCUUUCAGCAUGGCCUUCACUGUAACUUCAUGUUGGUAUUAUGAAGGUUUAUUAUACAGAUAUUAUGCAGUGUGUCAGCCUCUCUCUUAUAAACGUAGAAUAAAUGAUUGUGUUACUGGUGUAAUGAUCUUUGUGAGCUGGGGUGUUUCUGCAAUGAUUGGAAUUGGCAUUAUAAUUGCAGGAUUCAAUCAAGGAAAAUGUGAAGAAAGUUGUUUAAUUGAUGCUCUAAUAUCAACCACUCUGGCAUGUAUUUUUUCCUUUUAUAUCCCAGUGAUCAUAAUGCUCUGCAUCUACCUGAAGAUUCUUCUUGUAGCACAGAGACAGGCACGCAGCAUCCAGAGCACAAAGUAUGGAUCAACAGUCAGUAAAAUGGAGAGAAAGGCCACCAAAACACUUGCUGUAGUUAUGGGAGUUUUUAUUUUAUGUUGGACUCCCUAUUUUCUUUGUAUCAUCUUUCAGCCUGUAACACAUGAUCAAACUCCAAUUGCUGUGGUAGAAACACUUAACUGGCUUACAUUGUCUAAUUCCAUGCUCAAUCCAUUUAUUUAUGCUUUCUUUUACAGCUGGUUUAGAUCUGCCUUUAAAUUGAUCAUUUCUGGAAAAAUAUUUCAAGGUGAUUAUACCAACUCAAAACUCCAUUGA